AUGGGGAAGUACAUGCGCAAGGGCAAGGUGUCCGGGGAGGUCGCCGUCAUGGAGGUCCCCGGCGGCGCGCUGCUCGGCGUCCGCACCCGCUCCCGCACGCUCGCGCUGCAGCGCGCGCAGAGGCCGCUCGACAAGGGCGACGCGGAGGACGCCGCCGGGGAGUACCUCGAGCUCAGGAGCCGGAGGCUCGAGAAGCCGCACAAGGAGCCGCUGCCGCCGCCGCCCGCGGCCGCAACCAAGAGGGGCGCCGGGAGGAAGGCUGCCGCCGCCGCUGCGGCGCCGCACGCGCUGGCGGAGGACGACGUCGAGGUCUCCUUCGGCGAGAACGUGCUCGACUUCGACGCCAUGGAAAGGAGUACCAGAGAGACAACACCAUGCAGUUUGAUUAGGAACCCGGAGAUGAUAAGCACCCCAGGAUCCACAACUAAAAGUAAAACCAGCAACUCGAUGACUUCCCGUCGCAGAAUGGAAACCUCAGUCUGCCGUUUCAUACCGAGUUCACUUGAGAUGGAAGAGUUCUUCUCAGCAGCUGAAAAACAGGAGCAGCAUAGCUUCAGGGAGAAGUAUAACUUCUGUCCUGUGAAUGACUGUCCUCUUCCGGGUCGGUAUGAAUGGGCGAGGCUAGACUGCUAG